GGGCAUGAGGUGGGGUACACCCUGGGGAGGGUACCUUUUACAGUGUGGAAAGAAAUAAAGACCAUGGAAUUAGAAAGGAAACCCAUUCGUCAUUGCUAAAAUAUACAGAUUUUUGAAAAUCAGUAUUAAUGUGACCAGUGAGAAUUGAACGGUUUAAGAGGUUGUGAUACAAAUUGUUGUAUCGCCCAGAAUUGGCAAAUUUUUCAUUGUUACUAAAAAAUGCUAAACAAAAUGAUUACACUAUAUCUCUUCAAAAGAGGUCAUUCUGUUUGAUGUGUAUAUUCCACAAUAUAAAAAAAAAAAUGUUUAUAACCCUUAAUCUACUCUUGUGUGCAGUUCUCUGCUCCUCCGAAAUGCUGACCGUAUCAGAUGGAGUCAACCGGCACAUCUACGUGGAUAUUCAAAAAGUUCUCCAGGUCUUCAAGCCCGUGUUCGCACAUUUCCCCUCCUGAUCGCCAGUGGAAGCGGUUACUACGGCUACAAACAGUAUGGACACUAUAAAGACCGGGAGCUGGAGAAGCUUGGAAUCGAGGUUCCUCCACGUCUCGCCAAUGAGCUACAGGUUGCAGUUUCCGCAGUUGGCUUUGCGGCGGCGCCUUGGACAGCUAAGCUGUAUGUCCCGGCCCACUGCCAGACUGCGCUCAUGGCCACUCUCCUUCCUCCACUACAUACUGCCAUUCGCUGUACUCAAGCCUCUCGCCAAGGUGGGCUGGCGACCCACCAGCAGAGUUAACAUAUACAAGACCAUACCCACGAGGCUGCUCUCCAGGGCCUGGGGCCGUCUUAACCAGGUCGACCUGCCCAUCUGGUUACGCAAGCCUAUUUACAGCCUUUACAUAUGGACAUUUGGGGUGAACAUGAAGGAGGCGGCUGUGGAGGACCUGCAGCAUUACCGGAACCUGGGCGAGUUCUUCAGACGCAAGCUCAAACCUCAAGCCCGCCCUGUGUGCGACUCACACUGCGUGAUCAGCCCAGCUGAUGGUAAGAUCCUUCAUUUUGGCCGGGUAAAGAACUGUGAGGUGGAGCAGGUGAAGGGCGUCACAUAUUCUCUGGAGACCUUUCUUGGACCAUGCACAUGGACCAGGAGCUUACCUAUCGACAAAGAUGAGGAUGACAUUGGCGACUUCCAGAAUGGGCUGGUGACCAAGGAAGGGAAUGAGCUGUACCACUGCGUGGUGUAUCUGGCUCCAGGAGAUUAUCACUGCUUCCACUCGCCCACUGAUUGGAGAGUUGCACAUAGACGCCACUUUCCUGGUUCUUUGAUGUCUGUGAACCCGGGCAUAGCGCGAUGGAUUAAAGAGCUCUUCUGUCAUAACGAGCGCGUGGUGUUGAGCGGAGAGUGGUGCCACGGCUUCUUUUCACUAACGGCUGUCGGCGCCACCAACGUCGGAUCCAUCCAGAUUUACUUUGACAAGGAGCUCCGUACAAACAACCCCCGUUACAGUAAAGGCUCGUACAAUGACUUUAGCUAUGUGUCCAACAACAACCAGGAGGGUGUGAGUCUGCGUAAAGGUGAGCACUUGGGCGAGUUCAACCUGGGAUCCACCAUCGUUCUGCUGUUCGAAGCUCCACAGAACUUCAACUUUAACCUCACAGCAGGCCAAAAGAUCCGUUUCGGAGAACCGCUCGGGAUGAUGGAGACAUGAGAUCAUGGGGGCGGCGAUCUAAUACGUGCAGACUGUAAGCAGGGUUUCACAGACUAACACACAGCGCACACCAAGGAACACUUCUUACUCAGCGACGUGGACGGAUUCACAGCGCCGGCACCGCGUUAUAGUGAUCAGAGUCGCAGUUACUUCAGAAGUGUUUAUAACAACGUUGCUUCUUUUUUAAAUAUUUUUUUUUUAUAAAGUUCUCUGUUAACAUGCUAAACUUAGACCACCGAAGUGUUAGUGUGAAAAAAAAGGUUUACUAGAAUUUUUCUAUUAUGCUUUAAAUGUUUUUUGUUUGUUGUUAUUUGCAAAAUUUCUCUUUUUUUUUUUUUUUUUUUUGCCGUAUUGCCUUUCAUCGUUGUUUUUUUUUUUUUUUUUUUUUUCGGGUGGAUGGAUUUUUUUCAGGGGUUUGUAGCACUGAUAGAGAUUUAUACGUGUGACCUAUGUACAUUUUGCAGCUUUGGGUUUUGCUCCACAGUAAACAAGUCCUUAUUCCUGAAAAACCGAGCAAUAACUUGCGGUUAGAUUUUAGCUAAUGAGAUAAAACACCAAUUAAUGUAAACGAUCCAAGCCAUUGUUUUGAAUGUCUCAUUCAGUGGGUGCGCUAUGGCCUGGAAAUGAAACGAUACAAACCUCUCAGAUUUAUGAAGACCUCAAGGAUCUUAGACCAGAGUAAUUUUUUUUUUCAUAAUUUAUCGUUAACCUGUUUUUUUUUUUUUUUUUUUUUUUUAAGAAGAUAGUUAUGCUUGUAAUGCUAUGCUUGUAGUCUAAGAUAAAUAACAAUGCAGUGUUUAACUUAUUCACUAGGGGGCUUCCUAGUAAUUUCUUGCCAAAAUUUUGCCCCAAAUAUUCCAUGACAUUAAAUCUAACACGUGUACUCUAUUAAAAACAUUUUGGUUCAUUCAUUUUUUGAAAAUUGCUCUGGUAACAACAUGGAAAAGUUUUUGACAUUCUCUUAAUUUUUUCUUCCAUGAAUCCACCCAAGGUGCUUUAGUGUCCAUGUUCUCAAAUAAGACUGAUUUUUUUAUUUCACAUUAAUUCCUGUUUUAUCCCCUUCAACGGUCCUGUAGUGAAAGUCAAAAAGCCAAAAAACAUCUAUGAUCUACAGACAACCCGUACGAUCUCAUGUGAACACAUGCUUUUGUAUAAACAAAAGGAAGAAUUGGCGAGAUUUUAUCUAUACUUCAAACAGAAGCUGUGUAUUUUGUGUCACAUGAACUGUAGAGUUGCUUGUUAAUGAAUUUGUGAUCUGAAGAAGCUCAAUAGCAUCACUGCCACAUGUUUAUCUUGGAUUUUUACUCUGUGGUCACACUGGCAGCGUAAGUCACUCUGCACUGGUCACUAGUGGUUGGUCUGAUCUUUAGUUUUGAGCUUGUUACUAUGGUUUCACAAACCCUCCGUAACGUCACUCUAAGGUUUCCAGAAUAGCGGAUUUGAAGCUUAACCAUGGGAGCUCUGGCUGUCACCAUUUUGGCAGGAGGCGACUCUAAUCGCCGGUUCAACCGUAAAUGGGCGUAUGUACAGUAUAAAGAAAACAGCGUCUGGAUAUACUGUGUAUUUAGUUACCUAUAUAUGUAGGCACUUACCUCAGUUACCACAAAAUAAGCUAACUUGGCUUGAGGUUAGCUUAAAUACUAAGGUGACUAACAUUGAUUUAUUAAGCUAAUGUUAAUUUGCAUUUGAUUAAACUUGGUCAUUCGUAUCCUACACGUCAUCCCAUAACAACUCCUACAUUUCUUGUAGUUAAACUACGAUUCCAGUUAGCUAAAGUGAUGCAUAGCAGACAGCUAGUGGCUUGGCACGUUGUCAUGAAUGGAAAAUCUAGCUAUUAUGUUUACGUACCAGACUAAAAACAUGUUUAUUUCUGUUGUAAAGUUGGCCAUUAUAACAUGGGUGUCCAUGGGGAUUGACUCACUUUUUACAGCCAGCUCCUUGUGGACAUUCAAGGAACUGCAUGUUUUGGUGCUUCCAUGUUAGCUUCGUUUUUCAGAACUGGAAAUAUAAAAUUGUCUUUUAAACCACUUAAAGUAAGGAUCAAUGUAAUACGUUUAGGCAGAUAAUGUUGCUGUGUAAAAUGUUCAAGAUUGUAGCAGCAGAUUGAGUUUCCCCAAAAGACUCAGGAGCUUUAGGGCUAGAAAAAACAUCUCAGAAUCGAUUCUUAGACUAAAACUAAUGGAGACUGUCCAUCACUGACAUUUGUGGUUGGCAAAUUGCUUUUCUAUUUGUUCAUAAACAUUUCUUCUCAUAAGGUUUUCAGUAAGCGCCAAUGCUCAGUGAAGACAAUUGAUUUCUACGUUGCUUUAGUUGAAUCACUUCUGAAGCUAAUCGUAUUGUUUAUGCUAGUAAGCAUCAAGUCGCACAUCGUGGUUAUGUGGGAAACUAAAAAAUCCUUGGCUAAAUGCACUAGGCAUCAUAUUCGCGCCAAUCUUUUAGACAUGUCACUUUACGUUAUUUGCGAAAAUGUUAAAAUCUGAAUUUCACCGUCACUUUUGGUGCUGUCGCUUUGAAAUUUCAUAAAAAAUCCCAGAUUCCCGUUCAGUGUACAGUGACGUCUCGCUGCUGGUGUGACCACGACGCUAAACCUAGAAUGCCUUUACAUCAAAUCCCCUUUAUUCUAUUAAGAUUGGUUAUUGAAUCGAUGAGGUCCAAGAUGUGUUAUCAUCUCUUCUGCCAAGGCUUGAUCUAUUUGUUGUUAUUACAUGCUGAAUGUGUUUAAUAUCUGUUUAAUACUUGUUUAUUACAGUGUUAGAGUGGCAGAUUUACACAGUAUUGCACUACUGUACUGCAUGCCAAUUUGUAUGUAAAAUACUUGAAUAAUUUGACUCUAACACUGCGUAGGUUUUAAUUACACUGCAGAUUAAAAAAAUGUACCGAAAAUGUUGUUAGUAAAACAUUUUGGCAAAUUUGUAAAAGAUAUUUGUAAUGUCUGUUUUUGUCCGGCUUGGAGUGGUUUCUUAUUAAAAAAAAAAAAAAGUUUAUUUAAGAA